CAUCACAACCUGGCAGCUGGGGACUCUGUAUGGAUCGGUUUGCACUGGGAACAGCUGUGGUCUGAUGGGAGCAACUCGCUGUUUCAGAACUGGGCCGGUGGGCAACCAGACAGCGCAGAGCAGUGUGUCACCACAUCGUUCAGUAACUCAGGACUGUGGUCAGAUGAUAGCUGCUCCCUCACUUUCCCGUUCAUCUGUUACUCAACAACUCCUCCAAAAACAGAAGACUUCAGAUCAAUAGGACAAAAUGAGACCAGUAUCACUCUGCAGUGGAAUAAAGUGAACAACAACUUCAGCUUUAUUCUCCAGUUUAAUGAUGCAGAGAUCAACAUCACUGCACCAGAUGGAGAUGGACCAGUAACUUACAGAGUCUCAUCUCUCACUGCUGCAACUGAAUACACAUUCACUCUCUUCUCUGUGUUUGAGAACGUCAGAAGCAGCGGAGUAAACAUUACUGCAGUUACCGCUCCUCCAAACGUAGUAAACUUUAAAUCAACAGCACAAGAUGUCACCAGUAUCACUCUGCAGUGGAACAAAGUGAACAACAGCGUCAGCUUUAUUCUCCAGUUUAAUGAUGCAGAGAUCAGCAUCACUGCACCAGAUGGAGAUGGACCAGUAACUUACACAGUCUCAUCUCUCACUGCUGCAACUGAAUACACAUUCACUCUCCUCUCUGUGUUUGAGAACGUCAGAAGCAGUGGAGUGAGCGUUACUGCAGUUACUGGAAAUCGUCAGUACUACUUUGAGAGUACGCCACUGAACUGGACUGAAGCUCAAAGCUUCUGCAGAGAGGUCUACACUGACCUGGCCACCAUAGAAACCACAACUGACUACUAUGCUGUGAGCAACACCAAACUAAACUACCUAGGCAAGGCUUGGAUAGGCCUCUAUGAACACAGCUGGAGAUGGUCCCUGAGUGACAGCAGCUACUAUGGUGAAGGAGAGACAGAGUUCAGAAACUGGUAUCCUGGACAUCCCACAUAUUACAGUCAAGAGGACUGUGUGAUGCUUCAAAGCACUCAUCAUUCAAGUUUCUAUGAAGUUAAUGAUAACAUUGGAAAGUGGAUGGACGGUUAUUGCAAAAGCCGGCUUUUCUUUGUGUGCUACAACGGCACAGUAAAUGGCAUACCAUCCUUUGUAAAAGUCAAAACACCUUUGAAGUGGACUGAAGCUCAGAGAUACUGCAGGAAGAAUUAUGUCGAUCUAGCCAGUAUACGUAAUCCGGAAGAAAAUUAUAUCAUCACAAACCUGGCAGCUGGGGACUUUGUGUGGAUUGGUCUGCGUUGGCAACAACUGUGGUCUGAUGGGAGCACCUCUCUAGUACGAAACUGGGCAAGUGGGACACCAGAAAGUGCAGGGCAGUGUGUCACCGCAGUGUUCAUUGACUCAGGACUGUGGUCAGAUCAGAACUGCUCCCUCUCUUUCCCGUUCAUCUGUUACUCAACAACUCCUCCAAAAACAGAAGACUUCAGAUCAAUAGGACAAGAUGUCACCAGUAUCACUCUGCAGUGGAAUAAACUGAACAACAGCAUCAGCUUUAUUCUCCAGUUUAAUGAUGCAGAGAUCAACAUUUUUGUACCAGAUGGAAUUAGACGAGUAACUCACACAGUCUCAUCUCUCACUGCUGCAACUGAAUACACAUUCACUCUCUUCUCUGUGUUUGAGAACGUCAGAAGCAGUGGAGUAAACAUUACUGCAGUUACCGCUCCUCCAAACGCAGAAAACUUCAUAUCAACAGCACAAGAUGAGACCAGUAUCACUCUGCAGUGGAAUAAAGUGAACAACAACAUCAGCUUUAUUCUCCAGUUUAAUAGUGCAGAGAUCGACAUCACUGCACCAGAUGGAGAUGGACCAGUAACUUACACAGUCUCAUCUCUCACUGCUGCAACUACAUACACAUUCAUUCUCUUCUCUGUGUAUAAGAACGCCAGAAGCAGUGGAGUGAGCGUUACUGCAGUUACUGCACUGGUCAAUGUUGCCUCUACUCGUCAGUACUACUUUGUGAGUACGCCACUGAACUGGACUGAAGCUCAGAGCUUCUGUAGACAGGUCUACACUGACCUGGCCACCAUAGAAAACACAACUGAUGUCAGGGCUGUACUCAGGACCACACCAAGCUACACAGGCAAGGCUUGGAUAGGCCUCUAUGAUCACAGCUGGAGAUGGUCCUUGAGUGACAGCAGCUUCUAUGGUGAAGGAGAGACAGAGUUUAGAAACUGGGCUCCUGGACAUCCCUUCAAUCCUUACGGAGUACAGCUCUGUGUGGUGCUUCAAAACUAUUACUAUAACUUAAAUGCCUUUGGAACAUGGGUGGACCUUAAUUGCACCAACAAAUUCUUUUUUGUUUGCUACAAUGGUUCAGUAAAUGGCACAUCACCCUUUGUAAAGAUCAAUAAACCUUUGAAUUGGACUGAAGCUCAGAGAUACUGCAGGGAGAAUUAUGUCGAUCUAGCCAGCUAGAGUGUUGAGAUCCACCAAUCUCCUCCUCCUGGAUGGACCCAGAAGCAGACUUAAAACCAGAGGAGAUUGAGCCUUUAGUGCAGCUGCCCCUAACCUGUGGAGAAACCUGCCAGUCCAUAUCUAUGGUGUUAUGAGGUUGUGUGGUGUGGGGACAGAGAGGACCCAAAAGCAGCAAUCUGAGGGAAGGAGGUUUAUUGAGGGAUAAAGGGGUAGAGGGACUGGAGUGGAGGGA